UCCCAGACACCGUUCCGGUGCGACCCAGCUAGUCAAAGUAUCACCCGCGUUAGAAUUACCAAAAUGCAUUAAGUCAGUCCCUCAAAUUACCAACUCCCAACCUCCCCCACUUUCUCUUGCAUCAAAUAAAUCCGAAUGUCCACCGCUUUUCAACAAUCCACGCGCAUCACGAUGAACUCCACGAAGUCACGCCGGAAGGUGGGUCCAGCCUCCGCCGCCGAGAACGGCGCGGAGUCAGCGGACAAGCUGGAGCAGAUGCUACUCUCCUCGGCCAUAUGCAACAACGAGGACUUGGGGCCCUUCAUCCGCAAGGCCUUCUCGUCGGGGAAGCCCGAGACUUUGCACCACCACCUCCGCCACUUUGCGCGAUCCAAGGAGUCGGAAAUCGAGGAGGUCUGCAAGGCCCACUACCAGGACUUCAUCAUGGCCGUCGACGACCUCAAGUCCCUCCUCUCCGACGUCGAAUCCCUCAAGUCCGCUCUUUCCGACUCUAACUCCAGGCUCCAGUCCGUCGCCGGCCCACUCCUCUCCUCCCUCGACGCCUUCCUCGAGGCACGCACCGUUUCGGUGAACGUCGAUCUCGCGCUCCAGUCGCUCGCCACGAGUAUCCGCUUGAUCGAGGUCUGUGCCCGAUCCAAUCACCACCUGUCCAACAGCAACCUCUACAUGGCGUUGAAGUGCUUGGACUCGAUAGAGACUGAGUUUUUGGACAAAACGCCCUCGUCUACUCUGAGGAGAAUGCUGGAGAAGAAGAUUCCGGCGAUUCGGGCUCACAUAGAGAGGAAGGUGAGUAAACAGUUCGGCGAUUGGCUGGUGGAGAUCCGGGUGGUGAGCAGGAACCUCGGCCAGUUAGCCAUCGGCCAAGCCUCCUCGGCGCGCCAGCGCGAGGAGGAUCUCCGGAUCAAGCAGCGCCAAGCCGAGGAGCAGAGCCGGCUCAGCCUCCGGGACUGCGUUUACGCUCUCCAAGAAGAAGACGACGAGGAGGACAACCACGGUGACAGUACCAACGGCUUCGAUUUGACUCCUCUGUACAGAGCCUAUCACAUACACCAAACCCUAGGGCUCGAGGACCGGUUCAAGCAGUACUACUUCGAGAACCGGAAGCUCCAAUUGACGUCGGACUUUCAGGUAUCGUCUAUGACUCCUUUCCUCGAAUCUCACCAAACAUUUUUCGCUCAAAUCGCCGGGUUCUUCAUCGUGGAGGAUAGGGUUAUGAGGACAGGAGGAAGUUUGAUUUCGAAAAUAGAGGUCGAGAACCUGUGGGAGACCGCUGUGAGCAAAAUGUGCUCGGUGUUAGAGGAUCAGUUCUCUAGGAUGCAGACCGCGAACCACUUGCUGUUGAUUAAGGACUAUGUGAGCUUACUGGGAGUGACUCUGAGGAGAUAUGGCUACCCAGUCGAUGCUUUGUUAGAUGUAUUGAGCAAACAUAGGGACAAGUACCACGAAUUGUUGUUGUCCGAUUGUCGGAAACAGAUUAGUGAAGCCCUUGCGGCGGAUAAGUUUGAGCAGAUGUUGAUGAAGAAGGAGUACGAGUAUUCGAUGAAUGUGCUGUCGUUUCAGCUCCAGACGUCGGACAUUGUGCCAGCGUUUCCUUACGUGGCGCCGUUCUCAUCCACGGUGCCGGAUUGUUGUCGAAUCGUGAGGUCGUUUGUGGAGGAUUCCGUGAGUUUCAUGUCGUAUGGAGGGCAGUUGGAUUUUUACGAUGUUGUGAAGAAGUACUUGGAUAGGCUGUUGAGUGAGGUUUUGGAUGAGGCUUUGUUGAAGCUGAUCGCUACUUCUGUUCAUGGGGUUUCGCAGGCAAUGCAGAUGGCGGCGAAUAUGGCUGUCAUGGAGCGUGCGUGUGAUUUCUUCUUUCGUCAUGCCGCGCAGCUCUCGGGGAUUUCCUUGAGAAUGGCUGAGAGGGGUAGGAGACAGUUUCCGUUGGGCAAAGCGCGUGAUUCGGCCGAAGAAAUGCUCUCAGGGUUGCUGAAAGCGAAGGUUGAUGGGUUCAUGACGUUGAUUGAGAACGUGAAUUGGAUGGCUGAUGAACCUGCACAGAAUGGGAAUGAAUAUGUGAAUGAGGUGAUUAUAUACUUGGAAACUCUGGUUUCGACUGCUCAGCAGAUAUUGCCGGCUCAGGUCCUUAAAAGGGUUUUACAAGAUGUUAUUUCUCACAUCUCCGAGAAUAUUGUUGGAGUUCUAUGUGGAGACUCGGUUAAGAAGUUUAAUGUAAAUGCGAUCAUUGGGAUUGAUGUUGAUAUCCGGCUUUUGGAAUCAUUUGCGGAUAAUCAAGCUCUUAUUUUCUCAGAAGGGGAUGCAAAUCAGUUGAAAAAGGCGCUUGCUGAAUCAAGGCAAUUGGUUAGUUUGCUUUUGAGCGAUCAUCCGGAGAAUUUUAUGAAUCCAGUAAUCAGGGCAAGGAGUUACAACACUUUGGACUACCGGAAAGUCGUGACGAUUUCAGAGAAGUUGAGGGAUCAAUCAGAUCGGCUGUUUGGAACCUUUGGGUCACGGGGAGCCAAGCCGAACCCAAAAAAGAAGUCUCUUGAUGCUUUGAUAAGAAGACUGAAGGAUGUUAGCUGAUUGAAUGCUUGACUGUAUGUACAAUCCUCUAUCUUUUUCCCUUAUCUGCUCUGAUUGCAGUUGGUAUUCUUUCAUAGUGGUUCGUUCAUUGUUAACUUUAUUUGCUUAAAGAUAAAGCCUGUCAAUUGUUGUCC